AUGACAUGGCUCGACCUGGCUUACAAGAGCGUACCAAGAGCUCUGACCCUUCGCAAUGCAGCUUGUAGCCCUCGCCAACGGCACCUCGCUUUUCCUCUGCUCGGUGCACGCCUCAAGUCCAAUGCGGCGACAACGUCCUCCUCAGCUAGACGCAAGAGCAUCCCUCGGGCAAGCUCGAGUGCGGCGUCACCAGUAGCUGCUAGUGGUAAACCCAGGGCUCGCCCGAUCCGUUCACCCCUCUACCAUGCUCGACGCCUGCAGGUAGCCGACGAGGCUGCUGCUCGACAACUCAUAAAGAUCUGGGAUCUGCCCUCUCGUCGCGAUCUGACCGUCAUUGUUCCUUGCGCUGGCCAUGGCGUACUCGCAAGAGAGAUUGCAAAGCUACCACACGAAGUCAUUCGCAAAGUGAUCACAAUGGAAGUUAUGCCGACUUUUCAGCCUGGUCUUCUCGCGGGCGCGAAAAAAUUUGACAAAUGGCAUCACCAGGCAAGCCUGCCACUGAACUGGGACAGCUACGAUACCAUCGAAUCGCAAGGCUUGCUUGCCAACGUUGAUCCCAAGCCUUGGGAAUCAGACGAGCCGGCAAACGUAUUUGUGGCACUUCAGUUGCCUGUAAACAUUUACUGCGAAAAGUUCGUCUCGUCUGCCUUGCAUUGUAUCGUCAGCAAGAUGUGGCUUUAUCGGUACGGUCGAAUCGACAUCGGCGUCCUCCUUGCUAGCUCAACGCUCUCUAGGAUGGAAGCGAAACCUGGAGAUCCAAAUUACCACAAAUUGGCAGCUCAGCUGAGGUGUAUCUGCUCCGUCGAGAAGCCAACGCUCUUGAAGCCAGGCUUGGCCGUUCGCGGUCGCGCUGUGCUAUCAGAUACAGCCGACAGUCCAGAACAUGCCGCUGCAAUCCUGCGACCUCUCAAAGAACCGCUUAUAACAUCAGAAGGAGUAUGGGAGGCAUACGAAUAUAUCGCCAGAAGAUUGUUCUCGACGAUCAAUACCCCUUGGACAAAGUCAUUGCCCUCGAUUGCGGCGGGCGCUGGUAUACUCGAGCAAAAGAUGAUAGCUGCUGGCCAUGUGUACGAUCCCAAUAUGCUGCCGCGUCAGAUGACGCCGGAGCAUCUUCUCCAUCUCACCGAGGCUUUCCAAGCUUGGCCCUUCAGACCCAGGACACUUUACGAUGAUUUGGAUGAGUCGCUUGAUGACUUCAUCUGA